CGCCAAAACGCAGCCCGGUAAACACCGACGCGCUGAACAACACUGUUUCCUUUCAACGCGGUACAUCGGGUGGACAGCGAUAUCUUCGAAUCUGUGUUUCAGACAACAGUUGUAGACGUCAAGGUGGUAAACCAAAUACCGGCAUGGAGCCGUCGACGUUGCUGCUGCUUUUAGCUGUCGGUACCGUUGCUGUCGUUGCCCUUGACAAUGGUCUCGCGCGCACACCGCCGAUGGGUUGGUUGUCAUGGGAACGUUUUAGAUGCAACACUGACUGUCAACAUGACCCAGAUAACUGUAUCAGUGAGAAUCUCUACAUGAGGAUGGCGGACAUCAUAGCGGCGGAGGGAUACAAAGAGGCGGGUUACCAGUAUGUGUGUAUUGAUGACUGUUGGCUGUCGAAGUCACGUGACAGUAAUGGCCGCCUGCAGCCCGACCCGGAUAGAUUCCCGCACGGCAUGAAGGCAUUGGCGGACUAUAUCCACUCCAAAGGUCUGAAGAUUGGCAUCUAUGAGGACGUGGGGUUAAUGACAUGCGCAAAGUACCCCGGAAGUCAAGGUCACUAUGAGAUGGACGCACAGACAUUUGCCGAGUGGGGUAUUGACCUCCUGAAGUUCGAUGGGUGCAAUAUUAGUCCGGAUGCUUUUAGCGAAGGUUACCGUGACAUGGGUUUUUUCCUGAACAGGACAGGCCGGCCGAUCUUGUACUCUUGUGAAUGGGCCAUUGGGGAUAUACUGCACCAUCGUGCGGCCGAUUACACUGCAGUCCUGGAGGUGUGCAAUACCUGUAGGAAUUACGACGAUAUCAACGACCAGUGGGACAGUAUCGCCAGCGUCAUCAACUUCUACGCCAAAGACAUCGGCAACUUCAGCAAGAUAGCCGGACCCGGUGGCUGGAAUGACCCGGAUGAGAUGGUGAUUGGGGACUUCUCACUCAGUCGUGACCAGGAACGAACACAGAUGGCGCUGUGGUCGAUGUGGGCGGCGCCACUGUUUGUGUCAGUAGACCUACGUAACAUCCGGCCGGAGUCUAAAAGCCUCCUUCUAAACAAAGGAGUGAUUGCUGUCAGCCAGGACCCGCUUGGGGUCCCGGGCACCGUUCGCAUGAUGGUUGGUCAGAUUUCUGUUUGGACACGACCCAUUUUGCCCAAGGGUAGCACCGCCGUCACGAUGUUCAACCCCGCCCAAGGUGGUGGUCCCACUAACGUGACAAUCCCCGUGUCCAAGCUGGUCGACUCGGGGCCAUCGUUAUACUACCUCGUAACAGAUACCUUCACUGGGGAUAAAGUGGCGAGGCUGAGUCUCUCGCAGGGCCUGAGCGUCCGUGUAAAUCCUACAGGUGUUGCCAUGGUGACAAUAACUCCAGCAUGAUUGGCUGACCUAUAAUAAAGUCUUGGAUAUGUUUGCAAGGAAUCUAUAUCUGGACAUGGGCCCGUUCCACAAAACGAUCUCAGUGCUAAGGUGACCGUAACUCCAUAACAGUAACGUAGACUUCAGGUUGAGAUCGCUUCGUGGAACUGUUCCCCGACAUCACUUCGAGAAUUAACAAAUAUGACUGACGGUUUCAAGCGAUAGAUUUUGAGAAAACGCUUGCAACGUUAAGUUACACAGAUUAUAACUUGAGGGACAACCUAUCCAUAAAGUUGUAACCUUUGCUAUUCAUUUAUUAACUUCUUGGAUGCCUAUCAAACUAUUGCUAAGUUAAAAGACGUGUCAAUAUUGAAAUGGUGGUACCGCUUUAGGUACUAUGCUUUACAAUGAUAUAGCAGGUAAAAUCGAUCGGUUAACGCAACAGCAGACUAUAAAAGUUUGAGCUGUGCACUUAGCGAGAUACUUGUAUGACAUGACUUAGGACAGUGAAAUAUACACAUGGAAAAAGGUAUCGCAACAUCUAUGAUUUUUUUACCCCAAUGUAACCGUUCAUAGGAGUGAGUAAGUGAGUUUAGUUUUACGCCGCUUUCAGCUCUAUUCCAGCAAUAUCACGGCGGAUAAUGGGCUUCACACAUUGUACCAAUGUGGGGAAUCGAACCCGGAACUUCGGCGUGACGAGCGUACUUUUGAACCCCCUAGGCUAAACAAAACAUCAAAUUGACCCAAACUGUUUUUUACAACUCGAUAACUUGGAACAUCAAUUGAUUUCGUUCUUGAUAAGCAAGUAUGCAAAUAAAAGGCCUUAUGAACUGACAACUGCUCAAAGAUUACAAGUCAUUGUAUAAAUACCUGUAAUGUAACUCGGUGUUAGUGAGCAUAUACAUAGAUCGGUGAUACAUGUCAAGUUAAAUUCGAAAGAGUAUAUUCACUUACGUGUCUUGCUCAUCAAUUACAACUGUUCGAGACUCGGCUGUUAAUAAAUGGCCAACAGGUAGGUAGGUAUAUCGCGGUAGGCUUUUCAUACGAAACAUACGUUUCAUUGGCGAUUUGGUCAUGUUAAGGAUAGUGAUUAAUAUAUUUGGAUAUUGGUCAUGAUAUUGGUCUCGAGCAGCCUGUGGACUUAUCGUAUGACAUGACUUCGAUUUCAAACGGGUUUCAUGCGUUAUCCGACAAUUCCACAACAAACUCAUAUGUAUUUUACAUGGAUUUAUGUUUUCAUUCAUAUAUGAAGUCCUCUAGAUAAUCUUUUAGGGAUAUUUUUUCCCGGUAAACAAGUGAUAUGUUUUGUGUAACUUUCUGCAAUUAAAGUCUCCACACUAGUAUGCCCCUGUCAUAGAAGGCAUUUUGAGAAUACUUUUACAUUUCAAAUUGCAUUCUCAACUCCCUGGGGAGUGUACAUCCCGAGUUGUAUUUAAUUGUUUUUAAUUUUGUGUUAAGAGUACAAUGUCAUGGUCGUUUACUUACUUUGAGUUCGUAUUAUCAAGCUCGGUAAUGAUGGUUUAAUUUCAAACUUAAUUCCAAUAUACUUCACAUGUGAUAACCAGAACGUAUAAAUAAUCAAAGACUGACCUGUGUUGAUGUUGUAUAUAUAUCAGCAUCACUGGGCACAGCCAAACACUCGUGGAUAUGGAGAAUAGUAGCUUGAAAAAAGUCAAUUGUUCCUUGGUGUAAGUACAAAUGUAUAUGGAUGAACUUGUAUUGCGCUUAUGUAUGAAAUAUUUUUGUAAUAAAAUGUUUGAAAAUGUAA